AUGGGUCGACCAGAUUUUCGUGGUGGUCGCGGAGGUGGUGGAGGACGUGGCCGAGGAGGUGGUGAUCGCGGUGGUUUCCGUGGUGGACGAGGUGGUGAUCGUGGUGGUCGUGGUACACGUGGCGGUGGUAUACGUGGUGGUGGCGGUGGACGUGGCCGUGGCGGCAGUCGCGGUGGCCGUGGUGGUGGUGGUGGUGGUAGAGGUGGGUUUGGUGGAAAAAAAAUUGUUGUCGAACCACAUCGUCAUCCAGGAGUAUUUAUCGCUCGAUCGAAAGAUGAUGAUAUGUUAUUAACUAAAAAUAUGGUCGUUGGUGAAAGUGUUUAUGGUGAAAAACGUAUUAGUGCUGAUGGAGAAAAUCAAGAAAAAAUUGAAUAUCGUGUAUGGAAUCCGUUUCGUUCAAAAUUAGGUGCUGCAAUUCUAAGUGGUGUUGAUAAUAUUCAUAUGCCACCAGGUACAAAAGUUCUUUAUCUUGGUGCAGCAAGUGGUACAACUGUAUCUCAUGUGUCUGAUAUUGUUGGACCAGAUGGUCUUGUUUAUGCAGUUGAAUUUUCACAUCGAUCUGGUCGUGAUUUAUUAAAUGUAGCAAAAAAACGUACUAAUAUUAUUCCGAUUAUUGAAGAUGCACGUCAUCCACAUAAAUAUCGAAUGCUUAUUGGUAUGGUUGAUACAAUAUUUGCAGAUGUUGCACAACCAGAUCAAGCACGUAUUCUUGCACUUAAUGCACAUCAUUUUUUGAAAAAUGGUGGACAUUUUGUUAUUUCAAUUAAAGCAAGUUGUAUUGAUUCAACAGCUGCACCAGAAGCUGUAUUUGCUGGUGAAGUUAAAAAACUUCAAAGUGAAAAACUUAAACCAAAAGAACAACUUACAUUAGAACCGUAUGAACGUGAUCAUGCGGUUGUUGUUGGUAAUUAUCGACCCGUUGAAUAUAAACAAGCAUUUAGUUUGUAUGAUCGUGAUGAAGAUGGUUUAAUAAAUUCAAAAGAAUUAAGUUAUCUCAUUCGUUCAUUAGAGUGUAAUCCAACUGAUAAUGAAAUUCAAUAUUUAAUUGAUCAUAUUAUUAAUGAAGGAAGUAAUUUAAUUGAUUGUAAUCAUUUUUUAAUUAUGAUGUCUGUAUUACAUAAAACUCGAAAUAUUGAUGCUAGAAAAGAAUUACGUGAAAUAUUUAGUGCGAUCGAUACAGAUAAUAAUGGAUUAAUUGAUAGUACAGAAUUACGAACAACUAUGCGUAUAAUAACUAGUGGAACUGAUGAUAUGAAAUUAACAAAAGAAGAACUUGAUGAAAUGAUUAUAGAAAUUGAUAAUGAUAAAGAUGGACGAAUAACAUUUGAUGAAUUUGCUAGUAUUUUUGCAGGACAAAUAUAA